AUGCCACCAAAUGUUGUCGUACGAGCUUCAAAGUCUGGAAAGAGUAGUGAUGAAAAACAUCGCACAUUUUUAAAUGAAGUUCUACGUCCUUUGAUUGGGAAAAAAUUCCUUCUUUUCCUUGAUUGUUGGACAACGCAAGCUGAUCUAAAAAAAAUUAGAGCAGUAUUUCCACAUCAAGACAGUCAAUUAUUGAUUUUUCCUAAAGGAUCAACUGGUUAUAUUCAACCACAAGAUCUGUCCUUAUUUUGUUCAUGGCGAUUUAUUCAUAAAAAAAUCGAGCAUUAUGUUCAUAUCAAUCGAACAGAAAUGAAUUUAAACAAUCGUCAGUAUUUCAUAAAUAUGCACUCUAUCAUUCACAAUCAAUUAUCUGCUCCACAAUUUAAAAAUCUCAUCAAAUCUGGAUUUGUGCAAGCGAAGAUACUUAAUGGAACAAUCGGUGAAAUUAACAAACCAAAGCACGUUUGCCUUAAAUUCUAUGACCUUUAUUGUUCUGUUAUUAAUUGUGAAGAAUGA